GAUCACUUUGGGGGAAAGUGGGAUACACGCGCUUGUGUUUGGUCUUCUGUUUUGCCCUAAUCGAUCUCUGGCGUAGAGAGAAAGCGAAAUAGGAGAGAGAGAAAACCCGCCGAUAAGAUUCCGUCCGAUUCGCCGUGACUCGGUGUCGUGACUCGUUUAACUUGCCUGAUCUCCGUCGUUGAUCUGCUUCCGUUUCGAUCCCUGUUAAACUCGAGCUAAACGAUGGAUCCGAUGGAUAUAGUUGGUAAAUCUAAGGAAGAUGCUUCGCUUCCAAAAGCUACCAUGACGAAAAUUAUAAAGGAGAUGUUACCAGCAGAUGUUCGUGUUGCUAGAGAUGCUCAGGAUCUUCUGAUCGAGUGUUGUGUAGAGUUCAUAAAUCUUAUAUCAUCGGAGUCUAACGAAGUUUGUAACAAAGAGGAUAAACGAACAAUCGCUCCUGAGCAUGUACUCAAAGCUUUACAGGUUCUCGGCUUUGGGGAAUACGUAGAAGAAGUCUAUGCAGCCUAUGAGCAACAUAAAUAUGAAACCAUGCAAGAUUCACAGAGAAGCGUGAAGAUGAACAGCGGAGCAGAGAUGACGGAAGAAGAAGCAGCUGCGGAACAACAGAGAAUGUUUGCAGAAGCUCGAGCAAGAAUGAAUGGAGGUGUUUCAGUUCCUCAACCUAAGCAACUAGAAGAAACCCAACAGACAAGUCUACAAAGCUAAUCAACAACACAGCAGCAAGGGGACCUUUUUUUUCUUUCUUUUUUUAACAAUAUCCUUUUGACUUUCUUUUUUUGCCUUCUUUCUCUGUAAAGUGCAAAAUUCGUCGCGUCUUGGUGUUGAUAUGCUCUUUACAUUUUUUUAACUUAGAUUUGUAUUUUACUAUUUUUUGUUUCUUCCUUUGUUUUGAAUCUCCAAUCAAUUCAGAUGUAAUUAGUAAGGGUUUAUCUUUAAUCUUAGCAACUGCCGUCA